UAUAAUGUGUUUGACACGUGAAGUUUCAGCGAAGGCUUCCGAAUGUGUUCGAACUUAUAUAUUUUCAUGUUUUAUUCACUUCGUAUGGUGUGGAUUGGUUUAAGGGCGACUCUGGAUUAAGAAACGUACACCCUGGUAUUCGAUGAAACCGCGCACUGAAGUUCCAACUGGAAAGCUAUCGGGUCUUGCGGAUUUCUGGUUAAAGAAGCGAGGAAUGAGGGUGAAUAUUUUUAAGUGCAUAGGCUAUCUUUAAUUCUACGCGAGACUGUGGACGUGGAGUACUGCAGACACCAUGGCGGCCCAGGGCGACUCUUUGAGCGGCUACAUGCAACAGUCGGACCCGGGCUCAAAUAGCGAAUGCAGCGCAGACUCUCCGGUCCCGGGCGGCGAGGAUGACUGCAGCGGACCGCCGGCCCCUCCAGACCCGGAGUGGACUGAAGAGCGAUUUCGCGUGGAUCGUAAGAAACUGGAAGUCAUGUUAUUAGCUGGCACGGAGGGGCAGAUCAACGGAGGAGAAGAUUUCUUUCAGAAGGUUAUGGAGGAAACAAAGACCCAGAUUGCCUGGCCUUCGAAAUUGAAGAUUGGUGCCAAGUCUAAAAAAGAUCCACACAUCAAAGUCUGCGGAAAGAAGGAGAGAGUGAAGGAGGCCAAAGAGAAGAUCAUGUCUGUCCUCGAUGCAAAAGGCAGCCGCGUCACGCUGAAGAUGGACGUGUCCCACACAGAGCACUCCCACGUCAUCGGGAAAGGAGGCAACAACAUCAAGAGGGUGAUGGAAGAAACAGGCUGCCACAUCCACUUCCCCGACUCCAACCGCAACAACCAGGCGGAGAAGAGCAACCAGGUGUCCAUCGCAGGCCAACCAGCUGGGGUGGAGACAGCCAGAGUUAAAAUCAGGGAGCUCCUCCCCCUGGUGCUGACGUUCGAGCUCCCGCCGAUGGUCCAGCCGGACCCGGGCUCCCCCGCGGUGCAGCACAUCUCCCAGACCUACGGCAUCUCCGUGUCCUUCAAGCUGCGGUCCCGCCUGUACCGCACCACAGUUACGGUCAGGGGCUCGCAGGACAACGCCGCCGCGGUCAAGACGGGGACCGCGCUGCUGCUGGAGCACCUGACGGGCGGCCUGGGCGGGGCAGUUUCGGUGAGCACCCACCUGGACAUCGCGCCCCAGCACCACCUCUUCCUGAUGGGCCGCAACGGCGGCAACGUGCGGCACGUCACCCAGAGCACCGGCGCCCAGCUGCACUUCCCCGACCCCAGCAGCCCGCACAAGAAGUCCGCCGUCUACCUCCAGGGCUCGGUGGAGUCCGUCUGCCUGGCACGCCAGCAUCUCAUGGGCUUUCUUCCCCUGGUCCUGAUGUUUGACAUUAAGGAGGACAUGGAGGUGGAGCCGCAGUGCCUGACCGGUCUGAUGGAGCGGCUGGACGUCUUCGUCAGCAUCAAGGCCAAGGUCAAACAGCCCAGCAAGACGGUGAUCGUGAAGAGUGUGGAGAGGAACGCCAUGAACAUGUACGAAGCCCGGAAGGUUCUGCUGGGCCUGGAGCACAGCGGGGUGCCCGUACCCCAAAACAGCAGCCCGCCCCCUCUGGCCUGCACUGCGGGACUGGACAUCCUGGCCUCAGCCGGUCUGGGGCUCACCAGUCUGGGCCUCGGUGCUCCCAGUGGGGGGGGCUCCUCUACCCCCAGCCUCCUCCUCACCUCCCUCAGAAGCUCAGCGAGCCCCCUGCAGCCCCCUGCGCCCAGCCCCGCCCCCCAACGCCACGCCCCGUCCAGCCCCGCCCUGUGGGCCGGCCCCCUCAGCACCCCGCCCAGCACUGCAGGCUUGUCAUCCCAGCUGAUGAUGCACCCGGCCGCCCAGGCCACUCUGAGGACCCUCCUCCUGACGGGGGCCCAGGGCUACGCCCGCAGCACCCCCUCCCCUCCCCCCGGCCUGGCCCCCAUCGACACGCAGGCCAGCAGCCUGCCGGACUGCGGGAAAACGGCCCGCUCUCUCAACGGCCACAUCAAACACCCCUGCUCGGUUUACGGCAGAAUGUCUUCGACGGCGCUGGCGGACCAGGUCCUAAGCCCCUCCCACAGCGACCCGGCGCAGGACGCCGGCGGUCACUGUCCCGCCGAGCCGCGGUCCGGCAAGUCCGGAUCCGACCAAGGCUCAGACACGUUUGUGGAGGUGGGGAUGCCCCGGAGCCCGUCACACUCGGCCAGCAGCGGCGAGCUGAAGCAGAUGCUGGCUUCCUGCCAAACCACAGGGGGGAGCCGCCAUUCCGUGGAGCUCCGACAGGGACCCCACAACCCCCACCUGCACUCCGACCGGCUGCUCUCGGACGCGGAGUCGAGCCGCGCGGACAGCCCGAUGGCGGAUAAGCGGGCGCCAGGCAGCGAGAGGGCGGCGGAGAGAGCGGCGCAGCAGAGCUCAGACAGGCUCCGCCUCGCACCACAGGCCUCCUUCAUCAGCAUGGAGGCGUUCGAUUAUGAACACAAAAAGCUAUUAGCAACCAAAGCCAUGCUGAAGAAGCCCGUGGUGACGGAGGUGCGGACCCCCACCAACACCUGGAGCGGCCUGGGCUUCUCCAAGUCCAUGCCUGCGGAGGCCAUCAAGGAGCUGCGCCGAGCCAAUCACGUGCCCUACAAGCCGACCAUGAGCACCACCUACGAGGACUCCCCCCUGCCCCUGUCAAACACCCUCGAGGGCGUGGCGGGGGCGGCGGGCAGCGACUCAGACAACUGGAGGGACAGGAAUGGCGGGGACCUCAGGGGCCACUCCGAAUUUGCGGCAUCCGUUGGCAGCCCCAAGAGGAAGCAGACCAAAUCAGUGGAGCUCUACCUGAGCAGCAGUAACUACAUGGACUGCGUCUCCUCAGCCAUGGGCUCCAACGGCUGCAGCCUGAGCUCCUCGGCCAAGGGUUCGGACCUGCCCGAGCUGUUCAGCAAACUGGGCCUGGGGAAGUACACCGACGUCUUCCAGCAGCAGGAGAUCGACCUGCAGACGUUCCUGACGCUGACGGACCCAGACCUGAAGGAGCUUGGCAUCACCACGUUCGGCGCUCGGAGGAAGAUGCUGCUGGCCAUUUCAGAAUUAAAUAAGAACCGGAGGAAACUCUUUGAGGCUCCGAACAUCCGCUCCUCCUUCCUGGAGGGAGGGGCUAGCGGACGGCUGUCCCGCCAGUUCCACUCCGACAUGGCCAGCGUCAGCGGCCGCUGGUAGGUCUCUUGGACCCCCCCCACCACCCACCCACCCA